AUGUCUUCGCCGUCGAACCGUCGACUGCGAAGUUCGCAGUCUGGCACGCCGCGCCGCUCUGCGAAUCCAUCAGAAUCCGCCAAUACUCCCCGCCAGCCGACACAACUUGCCUCAAGUCCGCUCUUCUUCCAGUCCUCGCCUGCUGCUGGAACCCAGAAUGGCCAAGGAGGAGAUGUGUCGUCGCCGCUGCGGCAGAUGACAGGCAGCCAAGACACGGCUAGUGACGACGCAACCCCGAGCUCACCGUUGCGGCAGAUGACGAAUUCCCAAACUCCCUACGAUGACUCUCAAAGAACCCCGAGGGCCAACCAUGGUCUUGCCGGUGAAUCGUCACCCAUCCGAUACGAGCCAAGUUCAAGCCCGGGUCGCUCCCUGCGGCAACAAUCCGAACUGCGGAGUGAAAGUAGCGGCCUAUUCAUUGGAUCGCAGAGAGAUCGUGUAGUUCAGAGGCGCGGAGAUCUCAAUUCCGACGCCUCAAGAACCCCUCGCGCUCCCCGCCGUGUCAUUCUUGACGACGCUGGCCGCGUUGUGCGAGAAGGCCAAACGCCGGGGUCUGACGCUGCCUCUUACGUCAACCGAGAUCCUGACACCUCAGAGGCCGACCUUCUUGGCGGCCAGGGACAGAGCCUCAUUUGGGGUACAACAGUGUCUAUCGACGAUACUUUUGCCUCGUUCAAGGAAUUUCUGCGCAACUUUACGCAAAAAUAUCGCAUGUACCGCGAUGGCUUCUCGGAUGAGGACGUCGCAGCCGCACCCGAUGCGGAGUCUAAACCAUACUGGGAGGCCCUAGAGAAUAUGCUCCUGCUGGGAACGACAAGGCUUUAUGUUGACAUCGCAGACUUGAAUCUAUACCCGCCCACGCGAAAGAUGUGGCACCAAAUUCAGGCGUACCCACAGGAAAUUGUGCCGGUGAUGGAUCAAUCUGUUCACGACUUGAUGGUCGAGAUUGCACGCAACGAAGGUAUUCGAGGCCGGCAAUCGCAGAGUAGCGCUGGAAACCAAGGUGCACAACAUACGCCGAGCUCGGAGCCCGUUUUCCCCAGCUCUGACCGCCUCGAUGAUCCCGCAACACCGCGUCCAACGCAGGAACAGCAGCCAUCCCUGGAAGACCAGGUUGCUUCAUCGAUUUACGUCGUGAGACCUUUCGGUCUCGAAAAAUCGACAAACCUGAGGGACUUGAAUCCAACCGACAUGGAUCGCCUAAUAUGCAUCAAGGGUCUGGUCAUUCGAACGACGCCUGUCAUCCCCGACAUGAAGGAUGCUUUCUUCCGCUGCAACGUCUGCAAUCACUCAGUCAAUGUCGGCCUCGACCGUGGCAAAAUCCGCGAGCCAACUGAGUGUCCACGCCAAAUCUGCGAUUCCAAGAACUCGAUGCAAAUUGUCCACAACAGAUGCUCUUUCGAAGACAAGCAGGUCAUCAAGCUGCAGGAGACCCCCGAUGCUGUCCCCGCUGGCCAAACGCCCCACUCGGUCUCCGUCUGCGUCUACAAUGAGCUCGUCGACUUCUGCAAGGCUGGUGACCGUGUUGAGUUGACGGGUAUAUUUCGUGUCAGCCCCGUCCGUGUGAACCCUCGCCAGCGCGCUCUCAAGAGCGUGUACAAGACCUAUGUCGACGUCCUGCAUGUCCAAAAAGUGGACAAGAAACGCAUGGGCGUCGACACGUCGACGAUUGGCGUCGAGGGCGACGAGGAUGCCGAAGCCAAUGACAAUGAGCUGGAGGAGACGCGUGUCAUCACCCCUGAGGAAGAGACCAAAAUUCGGGAGACGGCAGCUCGCGAUGACAUCUAUGAUCUUCUCUCACGAUCCCUCGCCCCCUCCAUCUACGAAAUGGACGAUGUCAAAAAGGGAAUUCUGCUCCAGCUUUUCGGGGGUGCCAACAAGACCUUCCAAAAAGGCGGCAGCCCAAAGUACAGAGGCGACAUCAACGUUCUGCUCUGCGGUGACCCGUCGACUUCCAAAUCGCAGAUGCUGUCAUACGUCCACAAGAUUGCGCCCCGCGGCAUCUACACCAGCGGAAAGGGAUCCUCGGCUGUCGGUCUCACAGCCUACGUGACGCGCGACCCAGAGACUCGUCAACUGGUACUCGAGUCCGGUGCGUUGGUCCUGUCUGACGGCGGCGUCUGCUGCAUCGACGAGUUUGACAAGAUGUCCGACGCCACGCGCUCAGUCCUGCAUGAAGUCAUGGAACAGCAAACCGUUUCCAUCGCCAAGGCCGGCAUCAUCACCACGUUGAACGCGAGAAGCAGCAUCCUCGCCUCGGCCAACCCGAUUGGCAGUCGAUACAACCCUGAUCUUUCCGUGCCGCAAAAUAUUGAUCUCCCCCCAACGUUACUCUCGCGUUUCGAUCUCGUCUAUCUCAUUCUCGACCGCGUUGAUGAGAAGGCCGACAAGCGUCUCGCUAAGCAUCUUCUGUCUCUUUACCUCGAGGACAAACCGCACUCGGCGCCGACCGACAAUGACAUCCUCCCUGUCGAGUUUUUGACCUCAUACAUCUCCUAUGCCCGCUCUCGGAUUCACCCUACCAUCUCCUCCGAAGCCUCUCAGGAGCUGGUCGAGUGCUACGUUGCUAUGCGUGCCCUAGGCCAAGACGUCCGCUCAGCCGACAAACGCAUCACAGCCACGACGAGGCAACUCGAGAGCAUGAUUCGCCUGGCUGAGGCCCACGCCAAGAUGCGCCUCUCGGAGACGGUCACGCGUGACGACGUGCGUGAAGCCAACCGCCUCAUUCAAGCGGCGCUCAAAACAGCCGCCACGGAUGCCCAAGGCAGGAUUGACAUGAGCCUCCUGACCGAGGGCACCAGCGCUGCCGACCGGAAGCGCCAAGCCGAGCUCAAGGAUGCAAUGCUGGCGCUGCUCGAUGAGAUGACGGCUGGCGGCAACACCGUCCGCUGGGGCGACGUGUCCAAACGGUUGAGUGAGGGCGCCAGUAUGCCGAUUGAGACGUCCGAGUUCAACGAGGUGAUGCGAGCGCUUGAGGCCGAGAAUGCCAUCAUGGUGACAGGCGAGGGAGCGAGGAGGAACGUGAGGAGAGUAACGUCAGUGGCAUAA